GUGCGCGGGGCGGGAGCAGCUGCGGCAGGGCCGGAGCCCGGAGCUAGACGGGGCGGGCGGCUGUGGGAUGGAGGGCACCCCGCCUGGGCUGCGGGUACUCCGGUUGCAUUCAUUCCCGAAGGUGUUGCUUCCAACUUGUACCUUCUUGGGAAACUGGGGAAACAACAUGGACUUCGCACGUCUCUGCAUAGGGCUGCUGCUGCUGCUGCCUCUGGCAGCCGCGCUGGAUUUCAGAUACCACCACCAGGACGCGAUGGAAGCGUAUUUGAAGAGUGUUGCCCACAACUACAGUUCCGUCACUCACUUACACAGUAUUGGGGAAUCUGUGAAAGGCAGAAACCUGUGGGUUCUUGUCGUGGGGCGGUUUCCAAGAGAACACAGAGUUGGGAUUCCAGAGUUCAAAUACAUGGCGAAUAUGCAUGGAGAUGAGACUGUCGGGCGGGAACUGAUGCUUCACUUAAUUGACUAUUUGGUCACUAACGAUGGCAAAGACCCUGAAAUCACACAGCUAAUCAACAGUACCCGGAUACACAUCUUGCCUUCCAUGAACCCAGAUGGAUUUGAAGCUGUCAAAAAGCCGGACUGUUUCUACAGUGUGGGAAGAGAAAAUAGUAACUACUAUGACCUGAAUAGAAACUUCCCUGAUGCUUUUGAAUAUAAUAAUGUGUCAACUCAGCCUGAAACGAAGGCAGUGAUGGAGUGGCUGAAAACAGAGACAUUUGUCCUGUCUGCAAACCUCCAUGGUGGAGCCGUGGUGGCCAGUUACCCCUUCGAUAACGGGGUCCCAGCGACUGGAACAUUACACCACCGGAGCCUGACCCCUGAUGAUGAUGUUUUUCAAUAUCUUGCACACACCUAUGCCUCAAGAAAUCCCAACAUGAAGACAGGCAACCAGUGCAAAAAUAUAAUGAACUCUCGGAAUGGGAUUAUAAACGGAUACUCUUGGUAUCCACUUAAGGGGGGAAUGCAAGACUACAACUACAUCUGGGCCCAGUGUUUUGAAAUUACACUGGAGCUGUCAUGCUGUAAAUACCCUCGUGAGGAGAAGCUGCUGUUCUUCUGGAAUGAUAACAAACACUCACUCAUUGAAUAUAUGAAACAGGUGCACCUAGGUGUGAAGGGCCAAGUUUUUGAUCAGAAUAAAAACCCACUGCCCCAUGUCAUCGUAGAAAUCCAAGACAGAAAACAUAUCUGCCCCUAUAGAACCAACAAGUUUGGAGAGUAUUAUCUCCUCCUCUUGCCUGGAUCCUACACAAUAAAUGUUACAGUCCCUGGACAUGAUCCAUACCUCACAAAGGUGAUUAUUCCGGAAAAUUCUCAGAAAUUCAGUGCCCUUAAAAAGGAUAUUGUGCUUCCCUUCAGAGGACAAUGGAAUCCCGUCCUGAUAUCAAACCCUUCCUGUCCUACAGAUCCUCUCUACAGCCAUUUGUCAAGUUCCUCACCGGCAACAAAGUCUAGCCUGCUCCUAUUUGUACUGUGUCUUUUUCACAUAUUUUUCAAGUAAAGGACAAGGUGAUACUCGACUCCCUCCACCUCCUGAAAUCAGGGAUUACACACGCCAGGUUACUGCAGCUCUGUUUCCCUCUGUGGGACGUUAACUGGAUCAAGUUCAAGGUCCUUCCCUCAGAAAAGAAAUGGCUGUUUCCAAAUCCUGCAACUGUACUGAUCACAAAACGAACAACUUGAUCUUGAUGAAGGGAUUGCACUAUCAAGUACACUUACACUUAAUCCUCAAAUAGUCUUAGGAAUUUGUAUGAAAUUAAACUUGUAUGAAAAGCAAAAAAAAAAAAAAAAGUACCUGCAAAAAAGAAAGGAACUAGUUUUUUUUAUACAAGAGAGCGCCAGAUGAAGCCAAUGAUGAACACUUACUGCUCACUUGCCAUGAGUGCUCUCUGUGAAGAGAUAGAAGUGCCAUGCAGGGAGUCAGGCAGUAGCGCAACGGGUUAAGCACACGUGGUACAAAGCACAAGGACUGUCAUAAGAAUCCCGGUUCGAACCCCUGGCUCCCCACCUGCAGGGGAGUCACUUCACAGGCGGUGAAGCAGGUCUGCAGGUGUCUAACUUUCUCUCCCCCUCUCUGCCUUCCCCUCCUCUCUCCAUUUCUCUCUGUCCUAUCCAACAACGACGACAUGAGUAACAACAAUAACUACAACAAUAAGGCAACAAAAGGAAAUAAAUACUUAAAAAGAAAGAAAGAAAGAAGUGCCAUGCAUUCUCAGUGUGGGGGAAGAAAGGUGAUAGUUCUAAUAAAUGCUCUAAGAAAAUCUGAGGACAUGGGCACCAUGUCUCAGUGAACCAAGGAAAUAAAUAUGGUUUCCAUAGAAUAAUCAAGUUGUGUCUACAAGCAGGCCCGUUCUAUACGCAGGUUUGCCUGUGUCAGAUGUCACAGCCCUGAGUUAGGGUGAAGUCCCCCGACUGGGUAACUGUCCUCCUACCCAACCUUCAGGCCCACAUCAAAAUGCCCAGUGGGUAUACCCACCUGCUGUGUGACCCACAGCUACCUCACUCAGGCCAAGUACUGAAUACACUUUUCUCCCAAGGCCUGCUCUUCUUCCUACGGUCUCUGUCUCAGUCACACCAACUAGAAGCCUGCAAGUCAUCUUUCAUUUUUCCUUGCCUUUUCUCAUUCCAUGGAUUCCUUCAGUUCACUUGCUAACUGUAUAAACACCGGUGGAUUCUCUCUCCAUGGCCAACUCCAUGACCAAGCAUAGGCUGUCAUAGCUUACUGGUAAAAAGCUUUUCUGGUCUCUUGCUCCCAGCUUCCUCCUCUUCAAUUCCCCCCUCCCCUCCUCUGCACAUGAUACUGCUGAAGAGGUCUAGCGCUAUUUAAAACACAACCAGCCACCAAGUGCUUGCAGUCCUUCCUACACAAUAUACUGUUUGUGUCCUCCUCUGUCUGAAUUGUCUUUCUAACCCACUACAUUGUCUUUCCUCCUCCUUUAGAGCUCAGGUCAGAUAAUUAACUCCUCCAGGAAGCCUUUUUUGCUGGUCAUCAUUCCAUCCCAUCCCUCCCUCUUCCUUGCAGUUAUUCUGGGGCUAGAGGGUCCUUCCUCUGCUCCUCAAAUUUAAGCAUUAACCCUUGUUAUUGGAUUUAUAACUGUAUUAAGAUUUUUCUACUUCCAUGUGUGGUUAGUCUAUUAGAGUGUGAGCUCAUGGGGGCCAGUUUCUUUGAAAUAUUCAUUUGUAUGUCUUCAGAACCCAGCACAGAAUAGGAAAGGACUGAACAAAGUGUUCCUGCAAGCUGCUACUCCUAGGCUUUCCCAAGAAAAAUUGUGUCAUUUUCUGAAAUGAGGCCUUCUGUUUCUGGCACUCUCUGGCUCACCAGUUAACAGUCCAAUGUGUGUUUCCAUGUAUGUACCAAGAAAUAAAAUAUGAAUAUGGUGCUUUUUAACUGA